GAAAGACUGAUGGGUUGAAAGACUUUGAUGGUGAUAACCUUGAUUUUCCAUAAUGAAAAUCCAGUUAACUAGCAGAUGAUUUUUCAAUACAGUUAUCGCAAUAUGAGUUGCUCUUCAUACCCUCAAGCACAAACGCUAAAAAUCUGUCGAGGAAUGCAGACACAACGGUGAUCCUUCGUUGACAGUGUUUUUUCGACCGAGACGAAGAAGGUUAGGUUGCGUAAGCAGCGUCAGUCGAGAGCCAAGUGCGCGAGAGAAACCUGCGAAGACGAAGAGAGAGAUGCUCGAGGAUGCGACAGACGGCUUCGUUUACAUCUUUCUCUGUGCAAUAUAGCGGACGAUUACGUCGAUCUCCCGUGAAAAUCGGAACGAGCUUCGGACCCCGAUCGGGCUUCCGGAGAAGUUGUCAGUCAGUGGAUCCUCUUCUCGCUGCGGCCUCGCAACGACGACGUCUCGUCUCCUUCGUCGCGAUUUCGACGCGCGAUUCUCUCCGCGUGUCUCUCUUCAGGACGCUCCGAAAACGCCCUUCGGAGCCGCGAUAGGUGAUUUUGCUGGCUCGUUGCGUCGAGCAAGCAAUGCAUAUAACUUUGACGUAUGACCAUCUGACGCGAGCGCUGCGAAUCGCCUUGGUUCUGUCGUGUGUACAGUUGCACAAUAGAACAGAGAAGUUUCCUAACAUAAACCGAAAAUGUCAGACGUUGAAGGUGAUGAUGAGUUUCAAGAUGCCCAGGAAUCAUUGUCACAACUCACUUCUAUGGAUUUGGAUACAGCGAUAAUGGAGGCAAAAAAGGCAAUUCAUUGUUUUUUCAACAAUGACUUCGAUCAGGCGAAGAAAAUUUUAGAACCAUGGGCGGACAGCAGCAUGUACCAUUCUCUGGGGACUAGCGUAUUCGCAUUUUUAGAAGCAUUUCUUACAUUUGAACAAAAACAUGUCGAGAAGGCAUCGGAGGCGUUAAAACAGUGUAUGAGCGUAUGUUCCAAACAACGAAAACAUACCACUAUCACGCAGAAUAUUGGGAAAAUAGUGAAGAAGGUCAACUAUGACGCUUAUACGAAUGAGGAAGUGCAUGCGGAACUCUGUUAUGCCGAGUCGCUCCUCUUAAAAUCGAUGCUUACGUUUGUGGAAGACGAAACUCUGGUCAGCUUUGUCAAGGCGGGAUUGAAAAUUCGUACCUGUUUUCUGUCAUAUAAAGAAUGCAUGACGAUCUUGAACAAUCGCAAAUGGAGAAACGAUAGUCAUAAAGUGCAUUUCGAAAGCGGUGUUCGUAUGGGUAUCGGUACAUUCAACUUGAUGAUCUCGUUAUUACCAGCGCGAAUUAUUAAAUUAUUAGAGUUUAUUGGAUUCUCCGGCGAUAAGGCAUACGGUUUAGCGGAAUUGAAAGCUGGUUAUAAUGAAAGGAGAGGUCUACGACAAGUCUUAUGCGUUAUGACCUUGCUGUCUUACAAUCUAUUCGUCACUUUCGUACUGAGCCACGCGGACGGCGACCUAGAAUGGUGCGAGGAAGUAGUGCAGCAGGAGCUGAACAUUUAUCCAAAUGGCGUUUGGUUUCUGUUUUUUAAGGGAAGAUUAGAGCUCACGCGGGGCAAUUUUGAAAAUUGCAUAGACUGGUAUAUAAAAUCGUGGAAAAGUCAGAAUGUAUGGCCGCAGUUUCAUCAUAUUUGUUAUUGGGAAUUGAUGUGGGCACACUGUUCGAUGCAACAGUGGAAUAAGGCGGUCAGGUAUGCCACGAUGUUGGCGAAUGAGUCCAAUUGGUCGCGCACUAUCUACUUGUACCAGAAAGCUGCGAUUUUGCUUAUGCUGAAACCUUCAUCCGGAAGCGAAGAGAAACAGCUGAUAGACAGCCUGAUGAUGCAGGCGCCGACCUACAAGCAGCGUAUUGCGGGCAAGUCGCUGCCGAUGGAAAAAUUUAUAAUCAAGAAGACGGAACGUUAUUUCGCGCAAAAAAAGGAUCUAAUUUUGCCCGUAUUCGAGCUUAUGUACAUAUGGAAUCUGUUUAGGAUAAUAGGCAAGCGGCAAGAUUUGAUGUUGAAUAUAUUCAAAAGGAUAGAGGAGACGGAGAAGGAACUGAAAACAACUUCGAAAAAUGAGUUUCACGCCGACAACGAAGCACUUCUAUUGCUGUUGAAAGGCGCCUGUUUGCGACAAAUGCAACAUCCUUUACAAGCGGAAGAGUGUUUGCGACGCGUUUUACAAUUGGAGAAAUCCGUCAAGGAGGAGACGUACUUAUUUCCCUAUGCUACCGUAGAAUUAGCUUUAUUGGCUCAAGAUCAGGGCGAUACUCAGCUGGCUAUAGGUUUUUUAGAAGACGCUAAGAAAAAUUACACGGGCUACUUAUUAGAAUCUAGAUUACACUUCAGAAUACAUUCGGAUCUAAUGAUGUUGACUGGCAAGAAGCCUAAUAAUUACACGAUGAAGAAGCAUGAGAAUCAUCAACGAUUGAAAACCGAUAUUACUGUCAAUAAUGGCGUCAUUAUCGCGGGUCCAAGCGCUAAUUCUAUCGAGAUUAAAUUAUAGAAUUAAUUGUAUAAAGAGGAGAAAGCACAUAUACAAUCAAAGAUUUAUUUAUUUUUAAAUAAAUAAAAUAACGUUCCUUCACGUACCUUUCUAGGCGACAUACGUAUUAUACAUAUAUAUACAUUGUACGUAUAUAUGAUGAAAAUUAUCUUCGUGAAAAUAGAUCAAUGAUUGUUUUGCAAUUUUUCUCUCAUAUCAAAAAGCAUCCGUAUAUCUUAUCUGAUUUCGUUAUCUGUAGCCUGAAAGGUUUUAGCAGUUUUGGAGAAUGAGUAUACAAUGUAGUGCGCUCGGUAUAUAUACCAAAAUCUAAAUUAUUUUCUUCCACUAGAGAAACGAUGAAACAGUGCAAAAGUAAUAUGUCGUAGUGAUUACAAUACUGAUAUAUAAAUUAUAUCUUCUGUAAGAAAAAUAAGAGGAAAGGUAUGUACAAUAUAUGUAAUUAACAUUCUCGUAGAAUUUCACGCAAGGAUAUAUUUUUUGCAUGAUUAAUAUUAUAUAGAAUAUAUAUUAUAUACAUAAAUUAUUUUCUUUAGAGUGUGAUCUGUGAUUAUUCUGUAUAAUUGGUGAAAGAUUAUUAUAAAAAGAGAAAGCUUA